AGCGUUCGUUGUGUGCCUGCGGGGUUCGCAAAGGUGGGAUCCAUCUUAUCUCAUGGUGCAUUUAUUGCCUAAAGUAGAAGUUCGGCCCUACUGCCAUGCAUCCGCAGUAGCGGCAGAUAUAUGGUACGUAGACAUGGACAAAAACAUAACGUUCUAAACAGUUGAAGGAAGUCAAUCGUUACAGUAGCUAUGGACAAGCCAGAACUCCAAAGAAUCAGUGCUGAUGCACCUAUCGAAGAAAUCCUCGAAGUCCUGGACCGUGACGGAGGACUAAUUGUCAAAGGACUCGUCGGCCCGGAGACGCUCCAGCAGAUUGCCAAAGAGUUGAAGCCAUUUGAGCAACCGGAUCAAGAGUGGAAGGGGAAUUUCUUCCCAGAAGCGACCAAGAGGAUUUGCGGAGCGGUUGGAAAAUCGAAGACAUUGGCAACCAAAGUCUUUAUGCAUCCAUUAUACCAGGAAGUCUGCAACAGGCGUCUUACAAUCACUAAGAAGUCCCGAUAUGGCGAUGACAUUCGGACCUUCAAAUGCUCGCCAGUGGGAAACGCCAGCACAACCUUCGACAUUGGUCCAGGUGCAACAGCACAGCAGCUUCAUCGAGACGAUGGUGUGCAUCAUCUCAGCCACCCGAACCCGCAGCCAUACAUGAUCGGUAUGCUCUUAGCUGAGACGAGGACAACUCCUGAAAACGGAGCGACUGUUGUGAUUCCGGGAAGUCAUAAAUGGGGUGAUUGGGAAGAUCGUCCACCCAUGCCCGAGGAGACUAUUCCUGCAACUCUAGAACCCGGCGAUGCACUUCUUUUUGACGGUGCUGUGUUCCAUGGAGGCGGGACUAAUUCCACCGAAUCUGAGAGGCGAAAGGUUCAUGGGGUAUUCAUGAUCCGUGGCAAUUUACGCCCAGAAGAAAACACGUACCUUUCCCUACCUCCGUCUGUGGCAGAGUCGUACCCCGACGACGUUUUGAAAGCGUAUGGUUAUGGAGCUUCAACUUCCGGGCUGGGCUGGGUCGAUUACAAGGAACCAUUAGCUGCUGUGCUAGGGAGAAAAGUAAAGCAACCUAGCCUCCUGUUUGGAGCAGUUGGAUAUGCGUGA